CCUCGCAUCUCCCCCAGAGCCGCACACUGACCAGCGCACAUUCGCCAACGACGAAUACGCACCGGGACAAACAGAUCGCAACGCAGCCUGCAUCUCCGGACGCCAGCCUCACACAAUUGCAGACAUGAACCCGCCGCCACCGCCACAGAGCCGAUUCGACUGGGAGACCGAGAUUGGAUGCAUCGAAGCCCUGGCCGCAGACACGGCAGAGGCUAUUUUGGAGCGAAGCCGCGCCAGCUCAGCGCUGGUAUCCACGAGCACACUUGACCACAAGGUCAAGACAAGCAUCCAGUCGAUAAAGUCGAAACUGCAGCAGCUCGAGCAGCAGCUGUCAGCAGCCGAGGAAACCGGGCAGUGGAGCAAGGACGAACUGAAGAGGUGGGAGGAGGCUGUGCUGGCCCAGAGCCGAGAAUGCGACAAACUAGAGGCACUGGCUGGCGAGUCCUCUGAGAGGAUGCAACUCCUCUCGAUGCCGGAGCCUCCUGCGGGCGGAUCAAGCAGCCGGAGUAAGGUCACUCGAUUUGCCGAGCCGCUGGUGAUCGAGGAUGCCUAUGAUGCGAGCAACUCGGAAAUGGUGCAGCUGCAACAGCGGAUCAUGCAAGACCAGGACUCUCACCUCGACCUGCUCAGCGAAAGCAUCCUGCGUCAAAAGGAUAUUGGCAUCAUGAUCAGCGACGAGCUCAACAUGCAUGUCCAGCUCCUGGAGGAGACUGAGCAGUCGGUUGACAACCAGAACAGAAAUCUCCGACAAGCCCAGCGGAGACUCAACGAGUUUGUCGCAUCGACGCCAGCGAGCACAAAAGGAUACAUGGUGAUUGCCGCCCUCCUGAUUAUUUUGGUCAUUGUAAUCCUCGCGCGACGGACAUGAGGAGCUGCUGGCCGGACCGGGUCGUCCGUUCUGCUUUUGCUGGCGCUGGAAUCUUCACAGCAUACGAUAAUACAUAAUUGCUGUAUACCGGA